AGUAUCAAAAUGGCGGAUCCAGAGAGUCGACGCGGCGGUGGUGCACGGCGAGUUUUGGCCAAAUUAAAAGCCAGUGUGGCGGCCGGUGAAUAUUAUGAAGCACACCAGAUGUACCGGUCAUUGUAUUUUAGGUACAAUGCCCAGAAGAAGUAUGCAGAGGCAAUUGAUUUACUUUACUCGGGUGCUAUGGAUUUUCUGAAACAUGAUCAGCAUGAGAGUGGUGCAGACCUAGCCAUGCUUUUACUAGAAAUCAUGAAAAAUGCCUCCUCGGCAGUUGAUAAUGAUUCUGUAGGUAAACUUGUCAAUAUCCAUAAAUCUUUCCAAAAUUCCCAAGAUAGGAUAGCGUUCACAAGUUCAGCCAUCAAAUGGGCAUCGAUGGGCGAAAAUCAGAAAUAUCAUUCUGGUCAUCCAGACUUACAUCAACAGUUAGCACUUAAUCUAUGGCAAGAAAAGAAUUAUGCAGAAGCACGGUAUCACUUCUUGCAUUCAACAGCCGGGGAAGAGUGUGCUAAUAUGUUGAUAGAGUACCACAAUACAAAAGGUUAUCCUUCUGAAGUGGACUUAUUUGUAGCACAAGCAGUUCUACAAUAUUUAUGUCGGAAAAAUAAACAGUCAGCUAAUGUUGUAUUUUUUACGUAUACAAGAAGUCACCCUCUCAUAAAAGAUGGCCCGCCAUUCAUGAAGCCGCUGCUGAACUUUUGCUGGUUUCUCCUUUUAGCUGUUGAAGAUGGUAAACUGACAGUAUUUACUAUUCUUUGUGAGCAGUAUCAAACAUCUAUCAAAAGAGAUCCAAUGUAUACAGAGUACUUGGAUAGGAUUGGACAGAUAUUCUUUGGUGUGCCUCCACCCCAGACUGGUGGGGGUGGUUUAUUCGGUAAUUUAUUCCAGAGUUUAUUCAAUUUUGAGGAUGAUGAUGAGGAGAUGCCAAACCCAGGACCACAGGAACCCCGUCCAGGACCCUCAACGACACCAGCCCGGCCUGUACAACAGGAGGAUCUUGAUUGAGAACGAUGGCCAUGAGAUUCCAACUCAUCAGAGACUCCCUGCGAUUACAGUUAUCAAUAGAACAUUCUAGAAAUAUGGUUGUGGGCAGGUUUGAACUCUAGCUGAUCUUAGAUGUCCAGCUCGGUUGUAUCAAUCACUAAAAGUGUAAUGGGUCACCUUGGAUGCAGCUAUCAUGUGUGAUCCUUCUCCCUUUUACUUGACUGGCAGGCCUAUUGUAGUAUCUAGAGGUGGUGGGCUGAAUUCACACCAGCGCUUCUGCCUGAAAAGCAUUCAUCUGUUGAUUGGAUCAGUUCAUGGGUCUUCAGUUUGAUAUCAUAAAUUUCGAAAUUUACACUGUUUAGGCAGAAAUUUGCCCAGCUGUGUCAAAAAUUUGUAAAUAUGAACUCCCUUUUAUUUUCUGAAGCGAGAAAGUGUUUACUCCUUUAACUUAAUCGAGCAAUCAAAACUUUGACAAUCUAGGUCACCUGGUGACUUUUAUAGUCCUAUGAUAUAUCACAAAUGCAGUCAAUUUUCUCUCUACACUCAUUGAAAUAAGUGUUUUGGGUUACAUUGUACACCUCACAGAACAAGUACUAAUCUGGCCAGUUCUAUUCAAUGCAUUAGCAUUCGAGAUUUGUCAAGAUCUGGCCGCUUUCUGGAACUUGGUUAGGUUGAUGUAUAGAGGAGGCAUAUGGGUGUAAGAAAGAAGGGUCUUGGCAUGACGAUCUGUCGUCGUUGUGCGUAUGAGACUUCAGGACUGAUGUUCACCGCCGAUAAGUCAGCAUGACUCUUGGUGAACCCUCUAUGAACUGUCAGGUGUUUGCUCUAUAACUGUGAUUGUGUGACAUUAUCGGGCACAUGUGUGAUACAUGUACAAUUGAAUGAUUUGCACCUCUAGAUGUCUCACAAGAGUGUUUUGAUGAUCAUUAUGCCUGUGGUCAAUUUCUUGAUGUGUUAAUAUAUACGUGACAAUUACUGCAUCUUAAACUCUGUUCUCAAAACACCUGAUAAUAUAUCUAGAAACACUUGCAACAGACUUGGUGACACAGUUCAAUGUAUCACUAUCAGCUGUUUGAUGAACAUUUCACUUGCCCAUCCUGAUCUAAAACUGGUUUGGGCAAUUUAUGAAAUAAUUAAAUGGAUAUCACUGGAAAAUUAAAUUUGUAGUCUAGGCUUAGGAGGAAACUAUGUGCCACUGCUAGGUAUAACGGUUGGCACUUUAGGGGUAUUUAUGUCAUCUGAGAAUAUUGGAAGAUAUGUUGGCAGGAGUUGGUGGGGUCUCCUGACUGUGGGGUGUAGAAUAUGUGCGCUAAAAGAACCCACUAAUGUAUUUGAAUAAGCCUCCCUGAUAAUUUCUACUUGCAUAAUGUACGCCAAGGGGCAAUAAUGUCCGGCAAAUUUGAACCCAUGAAUUAAACUUGUCUACUGUUUUGAAUUAGCUCAAAGUAAAAUGUAUAUAAUGUGUGACACAGCACCAAAUAAAUUUGUAGCUGAUGGUUGUAGAAAAAUGGGAAUUUAUGGGUUGAAUUUUGCCUGUAUGAAAGUACCUUGGCGGACCUGAUCUGGUAUUGGUGCUCAGGGAAUUUGCAGCAGCUGUCUUGGAGACAUUCACAAAUUAUAUGCUGUAUAACUGCAGCUGUAGCCAAUUCCUCAAGUGAACACCAGGUUCAAUUUAAGUUACUGGGUAUUGCAUUUAUUCAUACUUUUGUUCUGUUCAUCGAUUAUGAGUCUUAUACGAAUUAUUUUCUGUGGGGUUUGAAAGUUGUAGAUUAAAUGCGCACCCACAAAAUAUAUGAAUAAAAUAUGUUAUACUUCA